GUAGCAUGCCUCAGCAUGGACCUCCUCAAAAGGACCCCCAGUCAAUGGCCGGAGUGACAAUUUCAACUCACCCGCACAGCCGGUUCUGGAGAUCCGCUUCUCCCUGUCGGAUUCGCCGUCAGUCCGAGUCAACUCGCUUUCGCUUUCCCCUCUCAACUUCUCUCCCUCACUUACCACUCAUCGGGCUCGUCAUCGUCCUCCACCUCUCCAACCGGAGGAUUUUGUCUUUUUUCCUUGUUCGUCAUUGUUUGUUCGGAAGCUGCUCUUCGACCGGAGGGUUGCAGUUGCAAAGAGAAACUUCCGAGGCCCGAAAGGUGCAGGUUGAACCGUUCCUCCGCCAUGGCGACAACCCCCAACCUGACCGGGAAAAAGGUCAACGUUCUGGUCUACUCCGGAAAUGGCACCACCGUCGAGUCUGUCCGUCACUGCCUCUAUUCCCUCCGCCGCCUGCUGGCCCCUCACUACGCCGUCAUCCCCGUCACCGCCGACAUGCUCCUCCACGAGCCCUGGACCCUGACCUGCGCAUGCCUAGUUUUCCCCGGUGGUGCCGACAUGGGAUACUGUCGUGCCCUCAACGGUGCUGGAAACCGUCGCAUCGAACAAUUCGUCAAGCGUGGCGGCGCCUACCUCGGGUUCUGUGCGGGGGGCUACUAUGGCUGCCGCCGGUGCGAGUUCGAGGUCGGCGACAAGACCCUCCAGGUGAUCGGUGAGCGCGAGCUUGCCUUUUUCCCGGGCACCUGCCGCGGUGGUGCGUUCCCCGGGUUUGUCUACCAUAGCGAGGCCGGGGCCCGCGCCGCCGAGGUGAAGGUGGCCAAGGACGUUUUAAGCGCGGGCGUGGUUCCGGAGCAAUUCCGGUGCUACUACAAUGGUGGCGGUGUGUUUGUCGAUGCGGCAAGAUAUGCGGACCAAGGCGUCGAGGUGCUGGCUUCGUACUCGGAGGAGGUCAAUGUUGAUCCCGGUGAGGGCGGUGCCGCGGCCGUGGUCUACUGUCGCGUGGGCGAAGGAGCGGCCAUUCUCACCAGUCCCCAUCCAGAAUUUGCGGCGGUCAACCUGGAUAGGAAGAACGGCGGUGCGGAGUAUGCUAAGGUCGUGGAUGCCCUGGCGGCAGACGAUACCGGUCGCACCGACUUCCUCAAAGCGUGUCUGGUCAAACUGGGCUUGCAAGUGACCCAGACGACGACCACUGUGCCUUCGCUUUCGUCGCUGCAUUUGUCAGCGCUUGAGCCAGCGGAUACGGCCAACCUCGUGGCCCAGUGGGAUGAGUAUAUAACAAAGGAUGGCGACACGGAAGUCCUUAAGGAUGAGAAUGAUACAUUCCGGAUUGAGCGACCGGGCACCUGGAACCUCGGGGAGUUGGAGGCCUCGCUGCCUGACCAGUCGGAGACGCCGACGGCGACACCGACGGAAGGGAUUGUGGAUUACAACGCAAUCGUCAAGCGGCUGGUGGUUCACGACGAUGUUCCAUCAUCCAAGCUAACACCCUAUUUCAACCACCAUGCUUUCUAUGCGCAUCUACGCCAGUACCAGCAACAAUCCCGGGAGGGUGCCUCUGAAUUCGGCACGAAUCUGGUCUACGGUGAAGUGGUCACCAGUACGAAUACGAUCCUGGAAAAAAACCCAAAGUUGCUGCGCACACUGCCCACCGGCUUCACCGCUACGGCCACCACACAGGUCGCUGGGCGGGGCCGGGGCUCCAACGUCUGGGUUUCACCCGCCGGCGCGUUGAUAUUCUCGACCGUCUUGCGACACCCCAUGGAGAAGAUCCAAUCAGCGCCGGUGGUGUUCAUCCAGUACUUGGCCGCGAUGGCGGUGGUGCAGGGUAUCAAGCGGUACGACGACGGCUACGACGCCUUGCCGGUCAAGAUGAAGUGGCCGAACGACGUGUACGCGCUGGACCCGGAGCACCCUGAGAAACAGCAAUACUCAAAGAUCUGCGGUAUCCUGGUGAAUUCGCACUACUGCGCCAACGAGUACAUCUCCGUCGUAGGGAUUGGUGUCAACGCGACCAACGCGUCUCCGACUACAUCUUUGACGGCACUGGCGAAACGAUUCCUGGGCCCCACAGCGGCCCCCAUCACGCUGGAGAAGCUGCUGGCCCGGAUUCUGACGACAUUUGAGGAGCUGUACGGGCGCUUCUUGCGCACUGGCUUCGACCGAGAGUUUGAGGACCAGUACUAUGCGGACUGGCUGCAUAUGCACCAGGUCGUCACGUUGGAGGAGGCGGGCGGUGCACGGGCUCGCAUUCAGGGCAUUACUCGGGACUAUGGGCUCUUGCUGGCGCAAGAGCUGGGCUGGGAUGACCGGCCAACGGGUCGCGUGUGGCAGUUACAGAGCGACAGUAACAGUUUCGAUUUCUUCCGAGGGCUGGUGCGGCGGAAGGUGUAGCCUGGAUGAUGGUGGUAGUGGUGGUGGUGGUGGUGGUGGUGGUGAUGAUGUUGAUGAUGAUGACACGGUUUCAUAGAGCAUGAUGACUGUACAAUCCAUGCAGUAGACAGUAGAUACGCACUCCUUGACCUUUAGAAUUGUGGGUGAUGUUCAUUGUUCAUAAGCUUCCUCGGCUUCACCGAGGGGCCAAGAUCGCACCAGCCAUCUGACCUCUCGAUCUCCUGAAUCUGCAAUAUCGAUCGACACAGGGAGCCGUGGAUUCCAUCGCCCAAGCAGG